AUGAACGAGCCGCGACAGUCUCGCCCGGCCGUGCCGAACCUCCAGGCUAUGCUUGGAGCAUUCAACGCCUCAGCUUUCCAGUUCACGAGCCCCUCAAUUGAUUACGAAUUCUGGAAGGACUUCACGGAGGAAGAAUGCACGUGGCUGUACGCGCCGCUGACGUCCUUGGGCCUAGAUCACGAGUUCUGGAAGGAUUUCAGCGAGGCAGACUGCACAUGGCUGUCUGGCCCGCUGGACUUCCCGGCGCCCGAAGACACCUCCAUCGAUCAUGCGUUCUGGGAGGACUACAGCGACGAGGAACAAACGUGGCUGUAUGUCCCGAGCGUUCCCUUUUGUGAGCCUGCUGUCACUCUCUCGCUCGGAGCUGCGCCUGCCGCCAGCAGCACUCCGACCAGCACGUGCAGUAGCAGCAACAGCAGCAGCAGCAUCAACAGCAACAACAGCGACACGAGCAGCGUCACUAGCAACAGUAUCAUUCGCAGCAGCAGCAGCGGCAGCAGCAGCGGCAGCAGCAACGAUAGCUCCUGCAGCAGCUCCAAGCGUGGCAGCAGUGGCGUGGCGUGCAUGAGCAAGAGGCGGCAGCAGCGGCUGCACGCCGUUGCGGUGCGCGUGGGGCGGUUGAACGAGGACGAGCAGAGCACUGCGCGCUCCCCCCGUGCGUCGCUGGGCUUCUCCCCGCUGCGACCCACCAAGCCCGCGAGUCAGCCGCGCAGCAACACGCCCGUGAGUCAGCCGCGCAGUAACACGCCCACGCACGUCAUGGGAGCACGUGCUGCUGCCACCACCGCUGCUGUGAAGAGCGCUGAUGUCAGCAGCGCUGCUGUUGAGACUGCUUCUGUGAAGAGCGUUGCUGUGAAAAGCGUUCCUGUGAAGGCCGCAGUUUCAGCAGGCAAGGGAACGCGUGCAUCUGCAGCUGCACCAGCCAAGGCCGCUGUUAGAAGCGUUUCUGUUAAGCCUGCACCUGCCGCAGCUAAAGCAACGCCAGCCAAGGCCACACGUGUGACGCCGGCAGCUGCAAAGAGUGUUGCUGUUAAGAGCAGCCCAGUGGGGUCGAUGGCAACAAAAGCAGCGGGAGAGAAGGUGAGGGAGCAGGGGAAUGGGAGGGCAGCACACACAGUGGUGCGCGCAGCAGCAGCAGGGAAGGCGGCGUUGGGAGGGGUGGAGGCAGCAGGAGGGCGAGCAGCAGGUGUGGGGUCGGGUUCAGGUUCAGGGCGUGGUGGCGGUGGUGCGACUCUGAUCGCUAAGCCUGGGCAGAGCAGGGCAGCGCACACGGCUGCAGCGGCUAAGGCAGUGCAGGCUGCGCCUCACAGCACUCGUAAACCGGCUGCUCCAGCAGCAGCAGUGGCCGCCACUCGCAUUCCCACGCAACGCUCCGCAGCAGUCCAGGGAAGCAGUGGACGGUAG